AUGAGCAGCAUUGUACAAUUUGAAAAUGCAUACAACAUAUAGAGUCAUAAAAUAUAAGAGAAUGAAGAAAAUGAUAUUGAAGUGAAUUCUAUAAAGUUGAUGCUUUUAGGAAAAGAAACAGUUGGUAAAACAUCUUUCAAGAGUUGCCUAUUGGAAGGGAAAAUACCAGAUGAACACAUUUAAACUUUUAUCGAUGCCUAUUAUUUUGAUUUAAGAGAGUCAAGCGGCAAAGAAAUUGUCGAAUAUGUUAGAAUAUAAGAUUCAGCAGGUUAAGAAGAAUUUUAGCUGAUAAUAGAAUAAAUGAUAUUUUAUAAUAAUGGAUUCUUCAUUAUAUACUCAAUUGAUGAUUACGAUAGCUUUCAAUAAGUUUAAAAUUAGAUAUGGUAAAAAAUCUUAACAAGUAAAUAAGAUUAAAAUUUUUUUGCAGUUCUGAUUGGAAACAAAAAGGAUUUAGAGGAAAAUAGAAAAGUUUCAUUUAUGGAAGGUUAAAAUCUAGCUAAUAAAUUCGGAAUUCCAUUUCAUGAAGUUUCUUUAAAAAAUGAUCCUAAAUCAGCAAAGGUUAUAUUCAACUAAUUGGUGCUUAGCAUAAAAAAACAGGAAUAUUAAUACCCUUAUUAUACAUAGUAAUAUAUGGUUGAAAGUAACUAGUCAAAUAUAAGCAGUGUAUCACAAACAAGAUCAAAAAUGAACUCUAUUCAUAGUAUUGAUCCUAAAUUUUAAAAAUAAGUGUUAUAAAAUGAAAAUAAGUAGUAUAGAAACUAAUAAAUCUAAAAGGAAAAUAAUUGCUGUUGCAGUAUUUUUUGA